AUGGAGGAUCUGGCCCGAGUUAAUCGCUGGCAGAUGCAGGAAGAGUCCCCUCCACGCUUGUCUGCCCAAGAGAUGUGGUGCAGAAGGAGAGGCCUGAGGGCUUCUCAAGGGGCAGCAGGUGAAGAAGCUGAACAUGGAGGUGGGGAAAAAGUGAACGUCGUUCCCAUGGGCUGUGUGUCAAAUGUCCAAAGGUGGCAUUGUACGCAGCUGGUGCGUCAGAUAAGGUGGAGCAACCAGAUCAUCUCCACACUUGAUGCUCAGUCCAGCGCGGCCUACAACAUGUUGGGCUUGGCACAGGAGCUCACGGCUGGCUUCGUGGUAGGCUGGGCCUUCGCCUUCUGGAGGCUGCAGUACGUUGAGGAUAAGAUGGCGGCACAGCAGUUGCAGAAGGCCGAGAGGUCGACUCGGAUCAACCGCGAGUAUGUCGGCGUCUUCUUCACGUACUGGUCUCUGCUGACCUCCGGGGCUCUUUGCAACCGUGCCAAGGAGGAACUUCAACUGAAGAAGCUUCAUCUUCGACUGCUCUCUGUCCGUUUGCGGGAUGUUGAGGCCAAGAAGACCAAGAGCUUGCAAGAGGUGCAGUAUGACAAGACUGAACGAAAGAUGCGAGCAUUGAAAGAGGAAAGAAGUCGCCUGGACUUUAGGUUUCAGACCAUGCCUCCAGUUGAAGCAAGGCAGUCGCUGCACCUUAUCAUGGAGGUCUUCAUGGACUUUCUCAUGGAGUUCAGCAAGCUUCAGAGCCUGGGCUGUCGACACAAACUCCUGGGAAAGGACCUCAUCUUCUUCGCAACCGAUCCUGCGGAAAGGCAGCAGGAUAUCGGCAUGCUCCCUGCAGAGGAGAUUCUUGUCCGGUGGAUAAACUGUAUCUUGGCAGAAGCGCAUCACAGCGCUUCAGUGUUGCUGACUGAUGCAAUGGAUGACGAGAAUGGCAGGUCCAACUGGGCGGCAGCAGACAGUUCCAGCUACGGCUUCCGGUGUCGAGAGGUUCGUGCGAUACCGACGCUCCAAACGAAGUCCUUGGAGGCUUUCUUCCAGGACGGCAAGAUUCUCACUGUCCUUUAUGCGAUGUUCAGGGCUUACAGGAGAAAUAAGAGGAUCUUUGAUCCUGAAGAUCUCGCCGUGCUCGAUGAGAAAGACUCAGAUCGGCGAGCCGCCGCUGCGCAAAAUGCUUUCGUGUCUUUGUCACCGCUUCUCAUUUCCAGGUUCCUGCUGAGCCCAUUGGAUGUUGUUUCCGGGCAGCGGUUUGCGCUGAAGGCAUCGCUCUGUACCACUCUCUUGCGCGAGGCGACGGGCAGUCUCCAGGACUCGUCGAAGAGACCUUUCAAGCAGGCUUCAACCGAUGCAGGCCGCGAGCCAGAAUGGGCAGGAGGGGAGAUCAAAGAGGCAAACUCGAUGGCUACUGUCAUGAGCAUGUUUGAGAAGCUGGUCGGAGGUGCUUGGGAAGGCUUCGUCGAUCUUUCGAGGCUUUGCUUCCCCUGGGAGCCGCUCACAGCUUUGCAAGAGAUGGCCUUGUAUGACAUCUUACGACGCUGGGUGAAUCUGCAGGUCUACGGCGUCUUGGUUCCACAAGCUGACAUACCAGGUGUCAAGAACCUCGGGACGGAUCUUGCUUCCGGUCAAGUUCUCUUGAGACUCAUCAAGGCAGUGGCACCAACCGUCAUCGAGGCAAACGGGAUUUCGAUUGUUUUUACCGGCAAUCGUGGAAAUCAGUGCUGCCGAGAGUGA